ACGUGGGUUGACAUCAUUCGGUGUUUACAUUUUGUAGUAGAAAGUCUUAAACUCUGUUUUCAAAAUGCCAUUCGUUGUAAGUGACUUUUGGGUUGACUGGGCACACAGGGGCAACGAAGUCUGACAUUAACGUCUUAUUUGUUUCUUAGUUUUUGAACACUUGACACAGGAACAGUGAGGUUGCCGUGGGUAAUGUUUGCCCGUUGUCACGUGCUGUGUGAGACUUUAGACCCGGAGCCUAAUGAAGUAGCUUAGCUAAGAUUAAUUGAAAACCCCUGAGUGUUAUUCUAGUUCUCGAAUGACUGUUCGUUUCACAGUAGGAGAAGUGUCUUUCAUUCCUCCAUAUGAUGCCAUUGAGGAAUACCGGUCUGAAAAGACCAAAACUGGACUGGAAGUUUCUGCAGAGGUUCUACAGCAUUCUGAAAAUUCUUUUUCCAAGCUGGUCAAACCAGAACGUGCUAAUGUUUGGGACACUACUUGGAGUCACUAUUUUAGUUCAACUGGUGAUUUAUCAGGUGGGUCUUAUUCCAAGCCAGUUCUACAGUGUCUUGUCUCAGAAGAACUAUGGCAAGUUUCAAGAGUUGGUGUCAUUUGCCAUUCUCCUUAUCCUUAUCAACUCUGUUUUGAAAAGUGUUGAACAGUACAUCUGUAGUCUCCUGUAUGUGAGCUGGAGGAAGUCUUUAACAGAGGACCUUCAUAGAGAUUACUUCUGGGGACGAGUGUACUACACCCUCAAUGUACUCCAGAAGGACAUUGAUAACCCAGACCAGCGGAUCAGUCAGGAUGCAGAGAGACUCUGUAAGCAGCUGAGCACUAUGGCCAGUAGGCUCGUCAUAUCCCCCUUCACUAUCUCAUACUACACCUUACAGUGCUUCAACAACACUGGUUGGAUCGGACUACUUAGUAUUUUUGGCUACUUUGUGAUAGGGACAGUUGCCAACAAGAUCCUGAUGGGACCCAUUGUGUCCACCCUGAUUGAACAAGAAAAGCUAGAAGGAGACUUCAGAUUCAAGCACAUGCAGAUCAGAGUCAAUGCAGAAUCAGCAGCAUUCUAUAGGGCAGGCAAGGUGGAGCAUGUGCGGACAGACUGGAGACUUCAAAGUCUCUUACACACACAGAGGAGUCUGAUGAACAAGGAACUCUGGCUUUACAUUGGAGUGAACACGUUCGACUAUCUGGGAAGCAUCCUUAGCUACGUCGUCAUUGCAAUCCCUGUCUUUGCAGGUGUCUAUGAUGGUAUGACCCCUGGUGAGCUCAGCUCUCUUGUCAGCAAGAAUGCCUUUGUGUGCAUAUACCUGAUUAACUGUUUCACGCAGCUCAUAGACCUCUCCACUACAGUCUCAGAUGUUGCAGGAUACACCCACAGAAUUGGAGAGUUAAGGGAAGUGAUAAGCGAUAUUGGCAGGAAACAGUGUGAUUGCGAUCCUGCGCUGGGGGAGGCAUAUAACUUUGACAGCGACGGGGAAUUCCUGAACUUCUCCAGUGACACUGCUUUUGUGCUACAGCAGCUGUCCUAUAAGUGUCCUCUCUCUGAGGAACUGCUGGUUAAAGAGCUGAGCCUCAAGAUUUGCCAGGGUACACACCUCCUGCUGGUGGGCAACACUGGUACAGGGAAAACCUCUCUACUCAGGGUUCUCAACCGAUUGUGGGAACCUUCUAAUGGUUCUGUUGCGAUGACCGCAUUUUUUGGCCCAAGGGGCAUCCUCUUUUUGCCACAGAAACCCUACCUGACUGAUGGCACACUCCGAGAACAGGUGAUCUACCCUUUGAAAGACAUUUAUCCAGCAGCAGGUUCUGUUGAUGAUGAGAGAAUUCUUCAGUACCUUGAACUGGCUGGGGUGUCCAGUCUUGUAAAGAGAACAGGAGGACUGGAUGAGAAAGUGGACUGGAACUGGUAUGAUGUCUUAUCACCAGGAGAAAUGCAGAGACUCUGCUUUGCUAGGUUGUUCUACCUACAGCCAAAAUUUGCAGUGCUGGAUGAAGCCACCAGUGCUCUGACAGAAGAAGCAGAGGGACAGCUGUACAGGACUUGUAAACAGCUGGGCAUGACUCUUGUUAGCCUAGGUCACCGCAGUAGUCUGGAGAAGUACCAUGAUGUCAUGCUGCGACUGUGUGGAGGCGGUCAAUGGGAACUCACCAAAUUAAAAACGGAGUGAAUCUCAGGACUUGCUUAGCCAAAAUGAAUGUACCAUGAUGUCAUGCUGCGACUGUGUGGAGGCGGUCAAUGGGAACUCAUCAAUUAAAAACGGAGUGAAUCUCAGGACUUGCUUAGCCAAAAUGAAUGGUAUUUUGCCAAAUCAGAAGGAAUAUUUUAUCAGACUAGAGCUUCAGUCUGAAGCCUGAGGUUUCCACCCUGACAUUUUUUAUAUUGUUUUUUUUACAAUGUUCUCAGUGUACCACUAUAUAUGUAUGUGUGUACACACACAUCCUUUGUAUUUGCCCAAAACAUCAAGAUCUUUUUCUGAUGUGGAAAAUGACACUUAGUAUCAGACUAAAAAGUAUUGCCAUAUGUAUUUGAAAACCUUAUAUUUACAAAACAUUUCAAGGGGUGAGAAUUUUCACUAGUAGUCAUUAUACUUGGGUACAAGGACAUUAAAUUAACUGAUAAGUAAACAAACAAAACUGUUUUUUAGCUUUAGACAAGUAUAGCAAAUGUAGAGAAUUUAAUGGGUAACAGCACCUUUCUAGUGCAUUAUCUUUGGCUUGUGCCUAAGGGUUGAGUGUAUAGUUUUAUAAAUGAUUUAGUAUCUAUACCUAACUUUUUGCAUUUGUAUAGUGCAUACAGUUAUUGUGCAUCCUAUCUUGUGAGUUUUAUGCAUAUUUUUAAAAUGUAUAUUUCAUGUAUUAACACAUUUCAUUUUUUAAUGUCCACAUCUAGUCUCUUUUGUAAAUGCUUAAUCUUAAAUUGCUCGUUCAUGAUAAGGCAGAAAGUACAAUCAAAACUGAAUUUACAUGAAUACUCAUUUGUAACUUCCAGUGCUUGAUCUGAAGAGGGCAGUGUUUAACUUACACAUUUAUGACCUGAAGAUGUAUGAUCAGCUACAAAUCUCCAGUCAGGAAGUGUUGCCACUGGCAGGUCAGUUACCAGCACAGUAACAGCAACAGCAGUUCUUUGAACAACAGCUAUAACUUAAGCUUAGUGCGGUGCUUGUUUCCCUGACUGUCUGUUAAUAAAUCUAUAGGUGUACCUGGACUUGUCCUGGCUAUGGGAAGGUAAUAUAUGAUACAUAUAUAACAUGAUACAUUAUAUGUGUUGUGUAUCUUGUGAAUUGCGGUGUUGCAUUUUAAAAAUAAGGAUGAGGAGUGCAAUGAUUUUUAAUGAAAUCUUUUCAAAUAAUAAACUGUCCAAAAAAAAACCACAUAGUUUUUAUAUGACAAAAUUUAGAUAUAUAAAACUAUUGUGCCUACAGACUGAAUAAAGUUUACAGAAUUACUUUGGUUAGGACUUUCUCAACAUUAAGUAGGCAAACAUAAAUAAAUAAAUUUAAACAAAAA